AUGUACCACACAGUGGGUACUGAUGUCAAGAAUGAUAUCGUUUUCUUGAAGCCAAGCACUGGUGAUGGUCAAGACUUGUCAUAUAGCUUCGAUGUUACCAUUGACAGAAAGGUUCUGGUCGUUUAUGCAUUCGGCGAUACUGGAAAGCCUCGGCUGUACGCAACAACUCUCGAUCAGCCACUCUCUGAACCUAGGAAGUGGAUUUCAAUCUCACCUGAUUUCGAACUCGAAUUUGAUUAUUUGACCAAUGUUGGAAACGAUUACUAUUUCCUUGCAAGAUAUGAUAAUGAAAGCAACCAAGUCAUCAAGUACAAGCUCGACUUCUCAAAAGCACGUCAUGUCAAUCAACUUAGUGAUCUCAAGGACAAAGCUGAACUUGAACCAACGGUGAUUCCGGAAGACAAAAAUGCAUUGAUUGAUAUUUAUACGAUUUUCGAUUAUGACAAGAUGAUGCUUUGUUAUACGGAAGAUGCACAGCGGAAAUGCUUCAUUUACGAAUUGCAAACCGGUAAACGAGUACAAUCUAUCUUGGCGAACCAAAUGGGAAGUUCAAGCUCACUUGCAUCGCUUACAACAGGAACGGAAAUCUUCUUUUGGUCAUGGGCAUACAAUACACCCGGUCAAUUGUACUACAUCAAAUGGAACAAGGAUCAAGGACAUGCAACUUCUGAGCUCGUACACGAAGCCAAGCUACAAUCAAUUGAUGCAAAAGAAUUCACUGUUGAUUUGAAUUGGGCUGUAUCAAAAGACUCUACAAAAGUACCUUUCUACCUUUUCCAUCGAAAGGGUAUCACAUUUGAUGGAACACGUCCAGUGAUCCUCAACUUUUAUGGAGCUUAUCGUAUCAUCUGGCUGCCAUAUUAUUCUCCCACGUUUAUGUCUUGGGUGCGUGAUUAUGAUGCAAUCUUUGCUUUUGCCUAUCCUCGCGGAGGUGGUGAAGUUAAGGCUGAACAAUGGCAUUUGGCCGGUACAAAGGCGAACAAGCAAAAGACAAUUGAUGACAUCAAUGCAGUCAUUGAAUAUCUGAUCAAUAACAAAAUUGCUGCUAAAGGCAAAUUAAUCAUCUAUGGACAAUUUGCCGGUUCAACAAGUGCAAUGGCUUUGGUCAAUCAAGCACAAGAGGGUAAUAUUGGGGUUGUGACACUACAAAAUGGAAUGUUUGACUUUUUGCGUUUCCCUGAUUCACCAGCUAAUCUUAUCAGCAAGCUUGACGAGUACGGUGACCCAAGAAAACCAGAAGACUUUGACUGGUUACGUAAAUUAUCACCAUUACAUAAUGUUGAUCAAAAGAAAGAAUAUCCGGCCAUUUUGUUCUUACCUGGAGACGAUGUUGAUUCACAAUGGCAUGGUAGGAAAAUGGUCGCUACACUUCAACAUGAUCUGGCAAACAAUCCAAAUCCGUUCUUUUAUAGCACGUACGAUUCGAAGCUGUCAGAUGAAGAGAAUUUGAACAAUGACCCGGUAUACUCAAUCGCUUUCGCUGCUUAUGUUCUUGGCUUACAGCGUGUCACGCAUUGA